CUCAUUUCUCCUCUUGACCGUCACAAUGGCCGCCAGUAUUGCUGACGUUCGGAGUGCACUUUCCAUCCCAGGUCAUGUCACCCCAAAUCGUCUACAACAAGUCAAGAAACAACCAUCUCAAUCCGUCAAGAAACCGGAAGGAAUAUCACGAGAACUAUACUCACUCAUCGGGCCCUCUGCACCUUCUCUCGCUGCCCAGCUUGCAAAACCCCGCCUCAAGCAGAAGCCUAAUCUAGGAGGCGGUGGAAAAGUGAAAUGGGAAUGGCGUAAUUUCAAGAACGGUGCGAGGUCGGAUUCGUUAGAGCUGGGUCAUUGGGUGAAAGCUUCGGUCGAUCCUGACUCCGAGUAUCCCUUCGCCAAAUAUAAUGUCCAACCCACCAAUUACAUUUGGUCGCCAGAUGAAUAUGCUCGACAUCUCGAAGAUCCUGAAUGGACUCAAGAAGAGACCGAAUAUCUAUUCAAUCUCGUGCAAGAGUACGAUAUGCGAUGGUUCGUCAUUUUCGACCGAUAUGAGUACCCUAGAGGGGAAAAGGAGGCAGGGCGCGCUAUAGAGGACCUUAAAGAAAGAUACUUCAGUGUUUGCCGCAAGCUUAUCCGGAAUCGAACGUGGGCAGAUGAGAAUCUCAAAACUCAUCUUCAAAACUUAAUGCAAUACGACAAAGAUCGAGAGCAAAUGCGUAAGCGGUACUUGACGAGCCUGGACAACCGCACACCGGAUCAAUUGCAAGAGGAAGAAGCCCUAUUUAUCGAGAUUAAACGUUUGGAACAAAAUGAGCGCAAAUUCAAACGAGAACGAGAAGAACUUCUUCGCAUCAUAGCAGGCAUUGAAGCAGGAUUGCCGGAUAUUGCGGAUGAAGAUGCAUCCGUUAGCCUCUCUCUUGAUCCCAAGAGGAGGAAGAAAGGGAUGGACUUCGAGAUUCCAGCAACGCCUAUACUCACUGCUCCCGUAAUGAAGAAACCUCAGUCAUAUAAAAACGCUGCCCACGAUGCGCAGCAUUGUAUUAUUCGAAACGAACCUUCAGGGACAACGCCAGCCACUAAAGCAGCGCAUACACCUUCCUACAUGCGUUCCUAUAAGCUUCCCGUGCCCAAAGCUGCCAUUGCGCCACGAGUCACACAGAUACUGGCCGAACUGGGUAUACAACACAAUAGGCUGGUUAUGCCAACCAAAGAUAACUGCGCACUGCUAGAGUCAUUGCUAGAAACGACUACGGCCUUGGUGGAGACCAGAAAGGUCGUAGACAAAGCGGACUACGAAAUCAAGGUCCUAAAAUCCCAGCUAGAGGUUCGGGAGAAUGAGGACGAGGGGGAUGGCACAGCGUCUGUGGGGGAAAUUGAUGACAGUGAUGUUUUCGAGACACAGAAGAACGGAAGAGGUGAAAGCAUCGGAAGUACUCGUAGUACUCGGAAUCGAAAACUCUGCCGUCGGUCCAUGUCCACAUCCUCCGUUGAUACCUCUGUGACACUUCCUGUCCGAGCUGUUAAAAGGCAGAAACGUGCCUGAGAUGUGCUUGUUUCAUAUGCAGGUAUUUUCAACAUUCAUAUGUACAU